AUGCCUCCGUUAGGCGAGACGAUUGCCGUGAUCGACAAGUCCGGCAAGGUAGUGAGCACGAGUAAACAUCUCUUCGGGGUCUUUACGCAGGCCAAAAAUGCAUAUCGCGAACGCAAGGCUCAUAUUCAAUCGGAGCGCAACGCCAAGAUUGCCGAAAGGGAAGCUCUGAGGGCCUUGCAAGACUAUCACAUCGAUGAUGCGCCGUCAGUUGCCCCUUCUCGCAGGAGCAGAAGCACACAUUCGCGACACCCUCGACAUCGUCGCGCUCCUUCGCACUAUGAACAGGACCUGCAUUCGGUAGCCUCACACACGGAGUCCUACCACGCCCGUCCAUCGGACAUGACCCGACGUCAUACGCAUCAUGAUAUCACUAGGGAACUUGAGCCGCGCCCCAGGACGGGUCGUUCGAAAUCAGAUGCUCAUGUCGACAUGGACUUGGCAUACGGCGAGUUUCAUCCAUCGGCUCUGGUGAGGGCUCCAUCCUCACAGCAGCAGCAACUCCAAAGGAUCGAAGACCCUGAACUGAACGGUUUGGUCGGCCGCGCCCAAUGGCUUCUCGAGGAAGCCAACUGUGUGCACCACAGUGCAACUGCCACGAUUGCUCACCUUCAGAAGAAUCCGGACGCCAUGGCCGCGGUCGCGCUGACCUUGGCUGAAAUCAGCAACCUGGCCAGGAAAAUGGCACCUGCUGCACUGUCCACCCUUAAGUCGGCCGCCCCCACCGUCUUUGCCUUGCUAGCGAGUCCACAAUUCUUGAUCGCCGCCGGUGUCGGCCUCGGUGUCACGAUCGUCAUGUUCGGCGGGUACAAGAUCAUCAAAAAGAUCCAGUCUGCUGGCAACGAAGUUAUCCGGGGGCCGGGGGAAGAGGACAGAGAGUCCGUCAUCGUGGAAGACAUGAUUGAAUUCGAUACCGAUUGUCUUAGCGGAGUCGAGAUGUGGCGGCGUGGUGUCGCUGACGCUGAAGCAGGUAGCCUCGGCACGUCUGUCGACGGUGAAUUCAUCACCCCCACUGCGGCCGCUAUGUCUGGUAUCAACAUCACCACGGCACGUAUGAUGCGAGAUCCUCGAUUCAAGUUCCACGACGAUGAGUCCGUUGCUUCAUCCCGCCGUUCCCGUCGCUCGCGGCCCCCGAGAGGCAGCUCUCGGUACCAUCAAUCUGAGUUUGAUGCCAGGGCCGAGUCGUAUGCGGGCUCGAAAGCACCAUCGGUAGUUCCCUCGCGGACACACACCAAGUUCUUCUCCAAGGCACCCUCCAAAGCUCCCUCACAGGCUCCGUCAAAAGCCCCGUCCAAAGCGGAAUCGCGUCAUUCCGACAAGGACAGGAAGCCCAAGGAGAAGAAAAAGCGAGCCAGUCGCCUGCGGCUGAUGUUUACAGCCUGA